AUGAGAAACCGCACAGAACUACGAGAGUUCAUCCUCCUGGGCUUGUCAAAUGACCCACAGCUUCAGGGGGGGAUCUUCGUCUUUCUGUUCAUCGCCUACAUGCUCAGCAUCAUGGGGAACCUGACCAUUAUCACCCUUACCCUGCUGUCCUUGCUAGAGGUUUCAUUCACAACUGUCAGCAUACCCAAGUUCCUGGGCACCCUGAUUACAGGACAUAAAACCAUUUCCUUUAAUGAUUGCAUGGCUCAGUUCUUUUUUUUCAUUCUGUUGGGAGUCACUGAAUUUUACCUCCUGGCUGCCAUGUCCUAUGACCGUUACAUUGCCAUCUGCAAACCUCUGCAUUACAUGUCCUAUGACCGUUACAUUGCCAUCUGCAAACCUCUGCAUUACAUGACCAUCAUGAAUCCCAGAGUCUGCAUACUCCUUGUCUUUGCUUCUUGGCUGGCUUCAUUCUUAAUCAUAUUCCCAUCACUCAUGCUGUUCAUACAGCUUGAUUACUGUAAGUCCCAUGUUAUAGACCAUUUCACCUGUGAUUAUUUCCCCUUACUACACCUUUCUUGUUCAGACACAAAGUUCCUAGAGAUAGUGGGUUUUUCCUGUGCUGUGUUUACUCUUCUGUUCACUUUGGCAAUAAUAAUUCUGUCCUACGUAUAUAUCAUCAGAACGAUUGUGAGGCUUCCUUCUGCUAGUCAGAGGACAAAGGCCUUUUCCACAUGUUCAUCCCACAUGAUUGUCAUCUCCAUCUCCUAUGGCAGCUGCAUUUUCAUGUACAUUAAUCCAGCAGCAAAAGACAGAGUGUCUCUGAGCAAGGGAGUUGCUGUGCUGAACACCUCAGUAGCCCUCAUGCUGAACCCCUUUAUUUACAGCUUAAGGAACCAGCAAGUCAAGCGAGCCUUCAUAGACAGGGCAAGGAAGAUUGUAUAUUUCUCAAGCAAGUGA